AUGAAAUACAUUGGGUUUGAGAAGCAAUUGCGAGUCUGUAUUUGGUGGGGUGGUGCUCUGUUCUUUCUAUUUAGUGCACUAGCUCGGUUGUACCCUUUGCUGCACUUUGGUGAAACCAUCAAUGAGUACGAUCCAUGGUUCAACUACCGCUGCUCGCUUUACAUUUGGGAGAAUGGGCUUAGGGCGUAUUGGCAAUGGAAAGACGAACUUACUUGGGUUCCAGAAGGACGUAAUAUUCCAGCUACGACCUAUCCUUUGCUGGCUUUGGUUUCUAAUGGAGUGCACUGGCUAGUUAGUGGGGUGGCUGAAGUCUCGCAUUACCAGGUUUGUGCUAUCAUGCCUGUACUGAUCUUUUUGGGCGAGUCGUACCUUCUGUACCGCCUAGGGGACAACUUGUUUGCUGACAGCUGGCGGGCGGAGAGAAAGAUUGUGUGCUUAGGACUCUUUUCACUAUCAGGAGGUAUCUUUGAGAAAACUAUUGCCGGUGCUUUUGAUUAUGAAGGUCUUUCUUUGUACAUGGUUCUUUGGUGCAUUCUUGUUUAUAGCAAUCUACUCCGGAACAAAAGCAGUAAGAUAGCAGCAGGAUUCUAUCUGGCACUUAUUCAAGGUCUCUUCAAAAUGACUUGGGGUGGUAGUCUGUUUACUGAAGUAGUAAUAGUAAGCCUCGAAGUAUUGUCUUUAGCCAACAAUAGCUACUUCUGGAUCUUUUGUGUUGGCAGUAGUUGCUUUGGGUUUUGGCUGCCGUUCUUGAAAACAAUCGAUGUAACUUUAAUGGGCAAACUAGGCGCCUUACUUUUCCUUUCUGGCUUAUCUCUUAUCAAACAGUGCUACCGACAUAGCAGACACGUACUUUGGGUGUUAGGAGGGUGUUUGGCAAGUAUAACAGCCCUAGCAGCCUACCAAUAUACUCGCAUCCUUAAUCUAGUAAUUCAAGUGCUUCAAAGAAGUAAGGUUUACAACCUAUUCGUGAAACAGAAAGAACAUCCUCUAGUUCAAAGCAUCUCAGAACACCGAGCGCCUACUUACCACAGUAUAGUUAGGCAGACCGGGCAUGUUUUCUUCCUUUUACCCCUCCUUGUUCUCUAUUACACAUGGAAACAUCGCCACGGUUCUGAUUGCCAGACCAGUCUUUUACUACUCAUCUGCCUAGGCCUAAGUUCGGGAAUGUUCUUGAAAAUGGAGCGAUUCGCCUUCCUGUGCACACCUUUUAUUGCUUUAGUUGCCACUGAAUGCUGGCUAGAUAUUAUGCGGUUUCUAGCUCGGCAGAAAGCCAAGGCCGCCCAAGCGCUUGCUGUUCUGCUGAGCAUUGGCCUAUUAGUUUAUCUAGUCAGUGCUAGCAAGGUCUGUUGGCAAUCAACCCAGAACGUUAUGGUGGCUUUUGAUGGCCAAAAAGAAGGCACAGCACUUAUUAUAGACGAUUUCCGAGAAGCCGCCAUGUACAUUAGACACAAUACUCCGACCAAUGCCGUCUUUAUUAGCUGGUGGGACUACGGCUACCAAAUCACCGGCAUGACCAAUCGAGCUACAGUGGUUGAUAACAACACCAACAACUAUCUUAAAAUUGCCAAAGUUGCCGACUUGCUCCUAACUAAUGAAAACCAACUUCACAGCCACCCCUUAGUUAUCGAGCUCCAAAAAGCCGGCAAGACAGAGAUAUACUUUUAUGUAGUCAGUGGAACCCUGUGCAAAUACACACUCUGUGACUUGGCCAAACUCAAUUGGAUUGCAACCAUUGCCCGCGAGUACAACCCUAUGAUUAGACCAGAAGACUAUUACUACAUCUCCGGCCAAACCAUGAGCACAUACUUACUAGAUAUGGUCCUUAAGCACCCUAAAGAACUACUAGAAAGUUCUAAGUCCAUUAAAGUCGCUCCAAAACUGAAAGACUCCUUCUUGUUUAAAUCAGCAUACUUCCAGCACCUACCCGAAAUUACUCUAAGCAACACCAAACUCUUCUUCCAAACCACCAACCAACUUGUCCGAAUAUACCAAUUAAACCCUACAGCAAUAUAA